UGAUUAUGAUGAUUAGUAUAACCUGUUGUUGCAGAGGGCUGUUAAACCAACAGCCACAGAGACUGUUAGCUCCCCCUAUCCCCUUCGACAGAGACCUGAGUUGAACUACAUGAGGAUGGAAGGCCCCGAUGAUGAUCAUUUUCUUUACUGUGAAGAAUGCAACAAGGAGUAUGAGGGAGAUUGUCCUGUUCAUGGACCACUACUAGUCAUCUUAGACACUCAGGUGUUGUCUCUAAGCAAGAAGGGUGAACGAGCCGAAAAGACACUUCCACCAGGUCUUGAGAUUAAACAAUCCUCAAUCCCAGAUGCUGGCCUUGGUGUGUUUGCCCAAACCGACUUCCCAGCACGCUCAAGGUUUGGUCCGUAUCAGGGAGACAUCAUUAAAGAUGCUGAUAUAGCACACAACUCUGGAUACUGUUGGCAGGUCUGUGAAGAUGGUCGUGGUUCUCACUUUGUGGAUGCUGCCAAUAUGGAGACUGCCAACUGGAUGAGAUUCGUGAACUGUGCUCGGACAGAAGAUGAACAGAAUGUUACAGCUUAUCAGUUCGAGGGAAAUAUAUACUAUCGAUCGUACAAGCAUAUUUUACCAGGUCAUGAGAUGCUGGUUUGGUAUGGACAGGACUAUGCACGGGACCUGGGAAUAAGAAGAGAAGUUAAAGUACAUCAUUCAGCAAUUCCAGGUGAUAUCUAUCCAUGUGAUAGCUGUUAUCUGAGUUUCAACUCCGUUGGCUACCUGUGGAAACACAUGAAGAACAAACACGAGGGCCGAGUCACUGAUCAGAUCUGCGCCAUGGCCAAGUUGUAUGGAUACAGUGUCAGAGAUUUCACUUUCAAGUUGGGUUCUGGAUUCAUUUUUGUGCCUCUCUCUGCCACAGAAGAGAGAAAUCAGAAAGGCAGACAAUGUGUGAAAACGGAACCAUCAGUUGAUUUAAAGAUCCCACAAAAUGACUACAGAAAUAGAGAAGCUAACGGAAAUCAUUUUAGAUCAGUACAAGUGUUAUCAUGUUUCAAAUGUGGGAGAACAUUUAAACAUUCAGACUCUUUAGAUAGACACAAAUGUGUGAUAAGAGAGAGACCUUUCAAGUGUAGUGAGUGUGGGAAGGGGUUUACAGUAGCAAGUAACCUGCAGCAACACAUGAGAUGUCACACUGGAGAGAAACCUUACAAGUGUAGUGAGUGUGGGAAGGGGUUUACACAAGCAAGUAACCUGCAGAAACACAUGAGAUGUCACACUGGAGAGAAACCUUACAAGUGUAGUGAGUGUGGGAAGGGGUUUACAGAAGCAAGUAACCUGCAGAGACACAUGAGAUGUCACACUGGAGAGAAACCUUACAAGUGUAGUGAGUGUGGGAAGGGGUUUACACAAGCAGGUGACCUGCAGAAACACAUGAGAUGUCACACUGGAGAGAAACCUUACAAGUGUAGUGAGUGUGGGAAGGGGUUUACACAAGCAAGUAACCUGCAGCAACACAUGAGAUGUCACACUGGAGAGAAACCUUACAAGUGUAGUGAGUGUGGGAAGGGGUUUACAGUAGCAGGUAGCCUGCAGAAACACAUGAGAUGUCACACUGGAGAGAAACCUUACAAGUGUAGUGAGUGUGGGAAGGGGUUUACAGUAGCAAGUAACCUGCAGCAACACAUGAGAUGUCACACUGGAGAGAAACCUUACAAGUGUAGUGAGUGUGGGAAGGGGUUUACACAAGCAGGUAACCUGCAGAAACACAUGAGAUGUCACACUGGAGAGAAACCUUACAAGUGUAGUGAGUGUGGGAAGGGGUUUACAGUAGCAAGUAACCUGCAGAAACACAUGAGAUGUCACUCUGGAGAGAAACCUUACAAGUGUAGUGAGUGUGGGAAGGGGUUUACAGUAGCAAGUAACCUGCAGAAACACAUGAGAUGUCACACUGGAGAGAAACCUUACAAGUGUAGUGAGUGUGGGAAGGGGUUUACAGAAGCAAGUAACCUGCAGAAACACAUGAGAUGUCACACUGGAGAGAAACCUUACAAGUGUAGUGAGUGUGGGAAGGGGUUUACAGAAGCAAGUAACCUGCAGAAACACAUGAGAUGUCACACUGGAGAGAAACCUUACAAGUGUAGUGAGUGUGGGAAGGGGUUUACACAAGCAAGUAACCUGCAGAAACACAUGAGAUGUCACACUGGAGAGAAACCUUACAAGUGUAGUGAGUGUGGGAAGGGGUUUACAGAAGCAAGUAACCUGCAGAAACACAUGAGAUGUCACACUGGAGAGAAACCUUACAAGUGUAGUGAGUGUGGGAAGGGGUUUACACAAGCAAGUAACCUGCAGAAACACAUGAGAUGUCACACUGGAGAGAAACCUUACAAGUGUAGUGAGUGUGGGAAGGGGUUUACAUAUAGGUCUUCCUUUAAGAGUCAUAUACCAUGUCACAAUUAAUAAACAUUCUUUAAUGGGGUAGUGCAAUAAUAUAACUUAGCACAUAGUAGUUUUUGUUUACUGAUGCAUGGAACUUGAAUGUGUUUAAAUGUAUAUUUACACUCUAAAUGAAAUAUAUAUACUCAGGUGAUUGCAAGAAUUAUUAUUUUGUACCGUCUUUUAAGAUAUGCUAUUUGAAUUGUGAUUAAAUUGCCAAGCUUUUAUAAUGCUCUUAUGAAAUAUUGUAAAUAUAUGUUGGGAAAAAUAAAUGUCAUACAUUCAA